CCGCGGCGAGUGUUUAUACCCUUCCCCUUUCGCACCAGCCUCCUCCUACUCCCACCCGCCCCCCGCCUCUCUCUUUCUCCAUCGCUUCCGAAGCUUCUCUCCUCCGGUACCGGAAGUCUCAGAGAACGUCCCCCAGCGAGGGGAGGGGAGGAGAGGAGAGGGGACGCGCGCAGGCGAGCGAGCGAGCCAGCCAGCCAGCGCGCUUGCCGGGACUGGGAGCCGGAGAUCAGGCCCAGGGAGGGCUAGGGUUUGGCGGCCGCGGGUGUCGAGAGAGAUGUCGACGCCGGCGAGGAAGCGGCUGAUGCGGGACUUCAAGCGGCUGCAGCACGACCCGCCCGCCGGCAUCAGCGGCGCGCCGCAGGACAACAACAUAACGCUCUGGAACGCCGUCAUAUUCGGGCCGGAUGACACGCCGUGGGAUGGAGGUACGUUCAAGCUGACCAUGCAAUUUACAGAAGAUUAUCCCAACAAGCCACCAACUGUUCGAUUUGUCUCAAGGAUGUUUCACCCAAAUAUUUAUGCAGAUGGAAGCAUCUGCUUGGAUAUCUUACAGAAUCAGUGGAGCCCUAUAUAUGAUGUUGCAGCAAUAUUGACAUCUAUUCAGUCCCUGCUCUGCGAUCCGAAUCCAAAUUCUCCUGCAAACUCUGAAGCGGCCAGGAUGUACAGUGAGAACAAGCGCGAGUACAACCGCAAAGUUCGUGAGAUCGUUGAGCAAAGCUGGACGGCCGACUAACGUUGCCACAUUCUGCAAUAAGCAACGCCAAAACAUCACAUCUCUGGCUUUGUCAUUCUGUACUAGCCACUAAAACAUUGAAAUCCUCAGUGGCUGUUCUGUUCUAUGCUUGACCUCUGCUUCUCCUGCUCGUUUUCCUAAUGUAGUGUGUGACCUGUUUGAUGAAUUAAAUAUAUGGAUGUUUGUGUAAAGAUCAUAUACUUUAGCCAAGACGUGGUUGCUAGGAAA